CAGGAAAUAGACACCUUAGAGAAUGUCUAAUGGGACCAAUGAGUGGAACAGUGGGCACAGGGAGAGAAAGUAUUGAAAGAGACUCUUUCCUUACAAGUUAGGUUUGUAGAGUGCAAAUCAGAUAAAGAUCACCUGGAACUACCUCUGCUUGUUAGAACCUACAGAAGUAGAUGGACAAUAAGGAAAAUUACCAUUAUUGCGGAAAUAUUUGGAAAUUUUGAAUUGUGAAGAUGGAGGAUGAUUUUGAAAUAUUAAUGCCAUUUGCAAUACGAUCUCAGGUAGUGACACGAUUUCAACCACUGCCCAUUAUCUCCAAUUCACCAUUGUCUCCUCUUAAAGAACGCUAUGGACCUGAUUUCUGGGAGAGACUGAUCAGACAGCCGUGUGUUUGCAAAACUGGGGUUUGCGGCGCGAUUUCCAGCUAUCCGGUAUGGAGGGCAAAUGAGGAACUGCGCAGCCUGAACACGCCGAGCCUGGAGACUCUGCCGCCUCCAUCUGAACUGUGCAGGGGGAAGAGGAGGAAGAAGAAGCUGGGAAAUGAGAAGAGAGUAAUGGCGGUGCAGCAUCAUAUCCAGGAGCUCAGGCAGAAGCAGAGCAGUCUAGAACAGCAGAGGGCUAUGAAGUGCAGAGGUUAUGAGAUCCCCGACUUUAAGUUUAGGGAAGAGGCGCAAACAGAUGUGGCCAACGUUCGGGAUCAGCAGGAGGAUUUGCCCUAUUUCCUGGACAUCACAGGCGACCACAGAGAUGACUGCAUCAGAGUGUUCAGCACCUCACCACAGCAAGGCCCCUUUGGGGUGGUGUUUCCCUGGAUGAGCGCCGCGGAUGAUGUCUCCUCAUGUUACCUGGACAGCGACCUGGAGACGCACGGCGCCCCCGGAGGCCUCUUCUAGAAGGACCGGCCGCAGACGCUGAAUAUUUUACAUGCUGUUUAAUGUAUCCGUGUGGUUUUAUUUGGUAGUUCUGUUACAUUCCAGAAUCGUUCAGUGGAAAUACAUCCCCUGGUGGGGAGAUUAGGUGUUAUACCCCCCCCCCCCCCCCGCUGUAUUUAUAACCCCCCCCCCUCUCCAUGUUAUACCCCCCCCCCGCUGUAUUUAUACCCCCCCCCCUUCAUGUUAUACCCUCCCGAGGCUGAUUAGUCAUGUUAUACCACCAGGGUAGAUUAGACAUGUUCUAUCCAUGUUAUACCCCAGCAGGUGCAGGCUAGGCAUGUUAUACCCCAGCAGGUGCAGAUUAGGCAUGUUAUACCCCAGCAGGUGUAGAUUAGGCAUGUUAUACCCCAGCAGGUGUAGAUUAGGCAUGUUAUACCCCAGCAGGUGUAGAUUAGGCAUGUUAUACCCCAGCAGGUGUAUAUUAGGCAUGUUAUACCCCAGCAGGUGUAGACUAGGCAUGUUAUACCCCAGCAGGUGUAGAUUAGGCAUGUUAUACCCCAGCCGGUGUAGACUAGGCAUGUUAUACCCCAGCAGGUGUAGAUUAGGCAUGUUAUACCCCAGCAGGUGUAGACUAGGCAUGUUAUACCCCAGCAGGUGUAGAUUAGGCAUGUUAUACCCCAGCAGCUGUAGGCUCGGCAAGUUAUACCCCAGCAUGUGUAGACUAGGCAUGUUAUACCCCACCAGGUGUAGAUUAGGCAUGUUAUAACCCAGCAGGUGUAGACUAGCCAUGUUAUACCCCAGCAGGUGUAGAUUAGGCAUGUUAUACCCCAGCAGGUGUAGAUUAGGCAUGUUAUACCCCAGCAGGUGUAGAUUAGGCAUGUUAUAACCCAGCAGGUGUAGAUUAGGCAUGUUAUACCCCAGCAGGUGCAGGCUAGGCAUGUUAUACCCCAGCAAGUGUAGAUUAGGCAUGUUAUACCCCAGCAGGUGUAGACUAGGCAUGUUAUACCCCAGCAGGUGUAGACUAGGCAUGUUAUACCCCAGCAGGUGUAGGCUAGGCAUGCUAUACCCCAGCAGGUGUAGAUUAGGCAUGUUAUACCCCAUCAGAUGUAGACUAGGCAUGUUAUACCCCAGCAGGUGCAGGCUAGGCAUGUUAUACCCCAGCAGGUGUAGAUUAGGCAUGUUAUACCCCAGCAGGUGUAGGCUAGCCAUGUUAUACCCCAGCAGGUGUAGAUUAGGCAUGUUAUACCCCAGCAGGUGCAGGCUAGGCAUGUUAUACCCCAGCAGGUGUAGAUUAGGCAUGUUAUACCCCAGCAGGUGUAGGCUAGGCAUGUUAUACCCCAGCAGGUGUAGACUAGCCUUGUUAUACCCCAGCAGGUGUAGAUUAGGCAUGUUAUACCCCAGCAGGUGUAGAUUAGGCAUGUUAUAUCCCAGCAGGUGCAGGCUAGGCAUGUUAUACCCCAGCAGGUGUAGGCUAGGCAUGUUAUACCCCAGCAGGUGUAGGCUAGCCAUGUUAUACCCCAGCAGGUGUAGAUUAGGCAUGAUAUACCCCAGCAGGUGCAGGCUAGGCAUGUUAUACCCCAGCAGGUGUAGAUUAGGCAUGUUAUACCCCAGCAGGUGUAGAUCAGCCAUGUUAUACCCCAGCAGGUGCAGGCUAGGCAUGUUAUACCCCAGCAGGUGUAGAUUAGGCAUGUUAUACCCCAGCAGGUGCAGGCCAGCCAUGUUAUACCCCAGCAGGUGUAGAUCAGCCAUGUUAUACCCUAGCAGGCGUAGGCUAGCCAUGUUAUACCCCAGCAGGUGUAGAUUAGGCAUGUUAUACCCCAGCAGGUGCAGGCUAGCCAUGUUAUACCCCAGCAGGUGUAGACUAGGAAUGUUAUACCCCAGCAGGUGCAGGCUAGGCAUGUUAUACCCCAGCAGGUGUAGAUCAGCCAUGUUAUACCCCAGCAGGUGCAGGCUAGCCAUGUUAUACCCCAGCAGGUGUAGAUUAGGCAUGUUAUACCCCAGCAGGUAUAGGCUAGCCAUGUUAUACCCCAGCAGGUGUAGGCUAGGCAUGUUAUACCCCAGCAGGUGUAGGCUAGCCAUGUUAUACCCCAGCAGGUGUAGAUUAGGCAUGUUAUACCCCAGCAGGUGUAGAUUAGGCAUGUUAUAUCCCAGCAGGUGCAGGCUAGGCAUGUUAUACCCCAGCAGGUGUAGGCUAGGCAUGUUAUACCCCAGCAGGUGUAGGCUAGCCAUGUUAUACCCCAGCAGGUGUAGAUUAGGCAUGAUAUACCCCAGCAGGUGCAGGCUAGGCAUGUUAUACCCCAGCAGGUGUAGAUUAGGCAUGUUAUACCCCAGCAGGUGUAGAUCAGCCAUGUUAUACCCCAGCAGGUGCAGGCUAGGCAUGUUAUACCCCAGCAGGUGUAGAUUAGGCAUGUUAUACCCCAGCAGGUGCAGGCUAGCCAUGUUAUACCCCAGCAGGUGUAGAUCAGCCAUGUUAUACCCUAGCAGGCGUAGGCUAGCCAUGUUAUACCCCAGCAGGUGUAGAUUAGGCAUGUUAUACCCCAGCAGGUGCAGGCUAGCCAUGUUAUACCCCAGCAGGUGUAGACUAGGAAUGUUAUACCCCAGCAGGUGCAGGCUAGGCAUGUUAUACCCCAGCAGGUGUAGGGUAGCCAUGUUAUACCCCAGCAGGUGUAGGCUAGCCAUGUUAUACCCCAGCAGCUGUAGAUUAGGCAUGUUAUACCCCAGCAGGUGUAGACUAGCCAUGUUAUACCCCAGCAGGUGUAGGCUAGCCAUGUUAUACCCCAGCAGGUGUAGACUAGGCAUGUUAUACCCCAGCAGGUGUAGGCUAGCCAUGUUAUACCCCAGCACGUGUAGAUUAGGCAUGUUAUACCCCAGCAGGUGUAGGCUAGGCAUGUUAUACCCCAGCAGGUGUAGAUCAGCCAUGUUAUACCCCAGCAGGUGCAGGCUAGCCAUGUUAUACCCCAGCAGGUGUAGAUUAGGCAUGUUAUACCCCAGCAGGUGUAGGCUACGCAUGUUAUACCCCAGCAGGUGUAGGGUAGCCAUGUUAUACCCCAGCAGGUGUAGGCUAGCCAUGUUAUACCCCAGCAGGUGUAGAUUAGGCAUGUUAUACCCCAGCAGGUGUAGACUAGCCAUGUUAUACCCCAGCAGGUGUAGGCUAGCCAUGUUAUACCCCAGCAGGUGUAGACUAGGCAUGUUAUACCCCAGCAGGUUUAGGCUAGCCAUGUUAUACCCCAGCAGGUGUAGAUUAGGCAUGUUUUACCCCAGCAGGUGUAGGCUAGGCAUGUUAUACCCCAGCAGGUGUAGAUUAGGCAUGUUAUACCCCAGCAGGUGUAGGAUAGGCAUGUUAUACCCCAGCAGGUGUAGGCUAGCCAUGUUAUACCCCAGCAGGUGUAGACUAGGCAUGUUAUACCCCAGCAGGUGUAGAUUAGGCAUGUUAUACCCCAGCAGGUGCAGGCCAGCCAUGUUAUACCCCAGCAGGUGUAGAUCAGCCAUGUUAUACCCUAGCAGGCGUAGGCUAGCCAUGUUAUACCCCAGCAGGUGUAGAUUAGGCAUGUUAUACCCCAGCAGGUGCAGGCUAGCCAUGUUAUACCCCAGCAGGUGUAGACUAGGAAUGUUAUACCCCAGCAGGUGCAGGCUAGGCAUGCUAUACCCCAGCAGGUGUAGAUUAGGCAUGUUAUACCCCAGCAGGUGUAGGCUACGCAUGUUAUACCCCAGCAGGUGUAGGGUAGCCAUGUUAUACCCCAGCAGGUGUAGGCUAGCCAUGUUAUACCCCAGCAGGUGUAGGCUAGGCAUGUUAUACCCCAGCAGGUGUAGGCUAGCCAUGUUAUACCCCAGCAGGUGUAGAUUAGGCAUGUUAUACCCCAGCAGGUGUAGAUUAGGCAUGUUAUAUCCCAGCAGGUGCAGGCUAGGCAUGUUAUACCCCAGCAGGUGUAGGCUAGGCAUGUUAUACCCCAGCAGGUGUAGGCUAGCCAUGUUAUACCCCAGCAGGUGUAGAUUAGGCAUGAUAUACCCCAGCAGGUGCAGGCUAGGCAUGUUAUACCCCAGCAGGUGUAGAUUAGGCAUGUUAUACCCCAGCAGGUGUAGAUCAGCCAUGUUAUACCCCAGCAGGUGCAGGCUAGGCAUGUUAUACCCCAGCAGGCGUAGGGUAGCCAUGUUAUACCCCAGCAGGUGUAGGCUAGCCAUGUUAUACCCCAGCAGGUGUAGAUUAGGCAUGUUAUACCCCAGCAGGUGUAGACUAGCCAUGUUAUACCCCAGCAGGUGUAGGCUAGCCAUGUUAUACCCCAGCAGGUGUAGACUAGGCAUGUUAUACCCCAGCAGGUGUAGGCUAGCCAUGUUAUACCCCAGCAGGUGUAGAUUAGGCAUGUUAUACCCCAGCAGGUGUAGGCUAGGCAUGUUAUACCCCAGCAGGUGUAGAUCAGCCAUGUUAUACCCCAGCAGGUGCAGGCUAGCCAUGUUAUACCCCAGCAGGUGUAGAUUAGGCAUGUUAUACCCCAGCAGGUGUAGGCUACGCAUGUUAUACCCCAGCAGGUGUAGGGUAGCCAUGUUAUACCCCAGCAGGUGUAGGCUAGCCAUGUUAUACCCCAGCAGGUGUAGAUUAGGCAUGUUAUACCCCAGCAGGUGUAGACUAGCCAUGUUAUACCCCAGCAGGUGUAGGCUAGCCAUGUUAUACCCCAGCAGGUGUAGACUAGGCAUGUUAUACCCCAGCAGGUGUAGGCUAGCCAUGUUAUACCCCAGCAGGUGUAGAUUAGGCAUGUUAUACCCCAGCAGGUGUAGGCUAGGCAUGUUAUACCCCAGCAGGUGUAGAUUAGGCAUGUUAUACCCCAGCAGGUGUAGGAUAGGCAUGUUAUACCCCAGCAGGUGUAGGCUAGCCAUGUUAUACCCCAGCAGGUGUAGACUAGGCAUGUUAUACCCCAGCAGGUGUAGGCUAGCCAUGUUAUACCCCAGCAGGUGUAGGCUAGGUAUGUUAUACCCCAGCAGGUGUAGGCUAGGCAUGUUAUACCCCAGCAGGUGUAAACUAGGCAUGUUAUACCCCAGCAGGUGCAGGCUAGGCAUGUUAUACCCCAGCAGGUGCAGGCUAGGCAUGUUAUAUCCCAGCAGGUGCAGGCUAGGCAUGUUAUACCCCAGCAGGUGCAGGCUAGCCAUGUUAUACCCCAGCAGGUGUAGGCUAGGCAUGUUAUACCCCAGCAGGUGUAGAUUAGGCAUGUUAUACCCCAGCAGGUGUAGAUUAGGCAUGUUAUACCCCAGCAGGUGUAGAUUAGGCAUGUUAUACCCCAGCAGGUGUAGAUUAGGCAUGUUAUACCCCAGCAGGUGUAGACUAGCCAUGUUAUACCCCAGCAGGUGCAGACUAGCCAUGUUAUACCCCAGCAGGUGCAGACUAGCCAUGUUGCCCUCCCCCUGGGGCACUUUGGGUGUGUUAUACCCCGGAUAUGUAUCCUGCUUACAAUAAACGUCACACUGUGUAA